AUGCGCUCUUCACUGCCCCUCCUUGUCGUCAGCGCCAGCCUGGCAGCAGCUUGGACCGAACUUCACCAUGAGCCGUUUAUGAACAAAAACAUUGACCCGAUCGUCGUUCCAGGCACCUACACCUCGCAUAUGCACACUUUCUUCGGCAGCGACGCGGUCACCAACGCUCUCCCCACCUCGGCCGACCUGCAGGGGGGCUGCUACAGCGGCCAGAAUGCCAAUGACUUGUCUGUUUACUGGAUCCCUACGCUGUACUAUGUCGACGGUGACACCUUCACUGAGGUGCCUAUAUACAGCUUUAGCACUUACUAUACUAAUGCCUUUGCCGAAAUCGCCAUCCCCCAGGAUUUCGCCAUGAUCUCCGGCAACGCGUCUGCGCAGACCCAAGCCGAGGCUGACCACCCUUCCAACGGACUGGAGUGGUUCUGCGAGGGGUCGGAUGAGCGUGAGUCUGACAUCGCCAAGUUUCCCACCAGCACUUGCGGCCAGCAUCUGCAGGUCUCGCUGCGCUUUCCUAACUGUGUCAACCCGGACAACCUCACUGAGUACGACUGGAGCGACGAUUCCAACAAGUGUCCCGAAGGUAUGAAGGCGAUCCCCCAGCUGCGGUAUGCUGCCCGCUAUAACACCAAUGCUGUUGUGCCGGACGGCUGGAGCGGUGACGCUCCCUUCCAGCUGUCGUGCGGCAGCGCCUCGGGCAAUGGCUACUGCUUCCACGGCGACUUCAUCAACGGCUGGUACGAAGAUGCCGCCGAGAACAUGCUUGUAUCUGGCGGUGGUGGCUACGAGGAUGGCCAAUUUAUCAGCGGCAAGCAUGGAUCUGCUGCGGCCGAUUCUGGCUGCACCCCCACUGAUCAGGACCCUGAUAAUGGAACGAGCGACUACUACACAAGCUUAGAUAUGAUGAACGGAGGGGCUGCCGCAGCUGUCGCAGCUGAUGCUGUGAACGCGACCUCUGUGCCCGUGACGACUGCCGCUCAACCUACCACUUUGGCCACCACUUGGGCCACAACCCUGGCUCCGGCAACGAUGCCCGCAGCGAGCUCGACCUCGACAUGGCGAAGACGGGUCAAGACCCGAAAUGCUUAA